UGCCUUUCAGACAAAGCUCUUGCCCAAAAAAAAAAAGAAAAAAAAAAGACAAAGCUAUCUCGUUCACAUGGUCUCAUAAUCUUCUUCCUCGUCUUCCUCCCUUCUCUUUCCAUCGCUUCUUCCUCCUCCUCCUCCUCCCAUUCCUUCUACCCAGAAAUUUUACAAAUCCAUUUCCCGAGAAAAAAACCCGUUUCAGAUUAUCAUCAUCUCCCACAUACACACACACACACAUCUCUCGGCGAUUGAAGAUCUCGAUUUCAAAGAGGUAGACACGUCUCGUGUUCUACCCUUAGGGCAUUUCUUUUUGUUGUAAAUUAUAAAACACGUAAUAUUGUACCAUAUAUUUUCCUUCGUUUCUGUGGUGCAUUGUGAAAAUUAAGACAUAGAAAGCAUCUCAUGUCCCGUUCCAAGUUGUAAUCUUUAUUCCGGAAUCUUUCUGCUUCUGAGAGUUGUUUGCCAUGGAGAAGCUAAAGGGAAAGCUAGAAGAAGAACCCGAAACAAGCCAAAGCCAUCAUCAAUCAGACGAUUCAACAAAUCUCCAACCUCCAGACUACAUCUCAAAGGCCCAAUCAUUAAAAGAAGCAGGCAACAAGCUGUUCCAAAGACGAGACUACGAGAACGCGAUGCUCAAAUACAGAGAAGCCAUAGAGGUGCUCCCGGAUAGCCACGUCGAAGUCUCGCACAUCCGAUCCAACAUGGCCUCCUGCUACAUGCACUCCGAACCCGGAGAGUACGCGAAAGCCAUCCACGAAUGCGAUUUGGCUCUAACCAUCGCUCCCGAUUACACCAAGGCCCUGCUGAAAAGGGCUAGGUGCUACGAGGCGUUGAACAAGCUCGACUCGGCUUUGAGAGAUGUCUGUUUGGUCUCUGAGCUCGAUCCUAACAACCCCAUGGCGUCUGAGAUCGCUGUGAAGCUCAAGAGAACGUUAGAGGGUAAAGGCUUGAUGGUUAAAGAUUCGGCGAUUGAGCUUCCUGCUGAUUACGUCGAGCCCGUUGCGGCCCACCUCGCGCUUUGGGCUAAGAAAGGUAAGGCGAGAGUGAAGAAGAAGAACAGAAGCAUUCAAGUGCAAGCGAAGAGUGAUGCUGAGAAUGCUGAGAAGAUCAUUAAUGUGAAGAAGAGUGUGAAGUUUGUGUACUCUGACGACGUGAGAUUGGCUGAGCUCCCGUUGAACUGCACUCUCUUUCACCUCAGGGAAGUGGUUCACGAGCGUUUCCCUAGCUUGAGAGCGGUUCACAUAAAGUACAAGGACCAAGAAGGAGAUCUCGUGACGAUCACAACAGAUGAAGAGCUAAGAAUGAGCGAGGAGGUGUCAUCGUCUCUGGAAAAGAUGAGGUUCUACGUGGUGGAAGUUAGCCCCGAGCAGGAUCCGUUUUUCGGGAGAUUAGUGGAGAUGAAGAAGCUGAGAAUAACGGCCGAUUCAUUCAAAGCGAAGGCGAACGGGAAAGGGAGGUGCAAGAUCGAAGACUGGAUGGUGGAGUUCGCUAGGCUGUUCAAGAUCCAAGCCAAUAUUGCGGAUUCCGACGAUACUACCUGCUUGAACCUCCAAGAGCUCGGGAUGAAGCUCAACUCGGAAGCUAUGGAGGAGGUGGUGACAUCGGAAGAAGCUCAAUUACCUUUCGAAAAAGCGGCGAAACAGUUCCAAGAGCUCGUGGCGAGGUCGCUGCUUAAGCUGGGGCACGUGCACAUGACACGUGCGAGGAAGAGGCUGAGCCUCCUACGAUCCGGAGAACAAGUUCAAACCGCUUAUGAAUGCGCUUUAACAGAGCACGCGAAAGCGAAGGAGAAGUACGAAGAGGCCAUGAGAGUAAAACCUGAUUUGCUAGAAGUGUUUUUAGCGUUAGCUCUCCAGCACUUCGAGGAAGCGAGGCUCUCGUGGUACUACGCGCUUGUUAGCCACGUGGACUUGAAAACGUGGCCGUACGCAGAUGUGCUGCAGCUCUAUCGAAGCGCCAAAAGCAAUAUCAAGAAGUCUAUGGAAGGGCUGAAGAACCCUGAAUCGAAAGGACUGGAUAAAGCGGCGAAGCUGAAAUCUUGGCUUGACGUUUUGUCGUGUGCCGUGCUCUACGAGAGGUCGAUGAUGGAGUACAGACUCGACCUGCCGACUUGGCAGGAGAAUCUAGAAGGCGCGGUGGUGAUUCUCGAGUUGGCUGGGACUUGUGAGGAGGAUGUUGCUGCGUUGAUAAGGGACGAUUAUGUGACAGACAAUACUUUACGAGAUCUAAGGUUUCACGUGGACGAAGUACUACAGAUAUUUCACGAGAUAUAUGAAGCGAAAGAAUGGAGAAAUGGGAUCCCUUCAGAUCAGUUUGAGGAGAUAUUGAAGAGGAGGAUUGCAAAUAUAUUUCAUGUAUCACAUACUACUACUACAUGAUAAAAAAAAAAGUGGCACUCAUUAUCUUGAUCAAGCUUCAUUACAAGUUUUUGGAUGCCAGUAUUUGAGCCAAGUCAUCUCUCUUUGCAGGUUUUGUCUUGUGGUACUAAGAGGAUUUCAGAUUCAGAUUUUUUUGUAGACAGGAAGAAACAUAUAUACAUAUAUGUUUACAUCUUUUUUGUGUAACAUUCAUACAAUUGAUUUGGCGACUAGUGAAGCAAAUAGCUUGCAGUUCUUUUUGUUUUUUUGUCACCAGGUGAGCUGUGACUUUAUUCAUUGGUUUUGACUUAGAUCUCAUUUUGGCGUGUAACAUUCAUUACAGAAAAACAAAAUUAUUUUCCUUUU